AUGGCUGUCUACCUAGUCGCCCCCGUCGUCUACCAGCUGCAGGAGAGUCUUCGUCACGUCGACUUCAGAAGCCUCGCCAGCGCCUUCGACGUCAGAAGCUGGGUCGGCCAACUGGACUUCGAAAAAGUAGGACUGGCGACGCUGGUGAUCGUGGCCGCCGUGCUCGUCUUCGACUGGUUCAACAAGAACUAUGCUCCCAACGGCCCCAACUUGCUGGUGUCUUCUCCCCCCGUUUGGGAUGCUGCAGAUCAGGGAGGGUUUAAACACACUGACACCCACGACAGCAUGUCCUUAAACAAUCGAUCCCUGGAGACGGUGGCGAAGGUCUUCCAUGCCCUGACGGAGGCGGUGAAGAAGUGGGAGGAGCCGCAGGACUUCUCUGCCAGACGUCGUGCCACAUAAAGGAUUAUAUUGUUUUAUAUUGCAAGAUAAAAAAAAAAUGAAAGACCGGUUGUAGAGGUUGUAGUGUGUAUUACUUGCUGGCAAGUAAAUACGGGCAUUGACUACUGUUAUUAUAGAUACUGUUAUGAUUGCUGUUUUGACCGUUGUGCUCUCUCUCUCUCUCUCUCUCUC